AUGUCGAGGACCCCGUCGCAGCAAUGUGGGCAUACCACACCACCAGACAGGCCUCAUAUCGACCCAGUCUCUCGCUCACAUCAUCCAGGCCAGCAAAUACCUUUAGCAUAUCAUCAGCCAUACCCGCUGUAUGAACCUCGACACUUCGUUCCACCGGAUCUGGGCUACGAACGACCUGCGCUGACCACUCCACCGAAUCCCCAUCGACUCCCGGCGUUGGGACAUCUACCCGAACGAAAUGCGGAUCCGAGGUAUAUGCUAUCAUCAGAUCAUGGGUUCAUGAACCGCCAGCCAUUGCCACAGACGCUUCCGUUGCGAAUGCAACAUCAUCAACAGCAGCAGCAUCAUCAUCAUCAUGGCCCACCCGUGGCUGAUCUACGCGGAUAUCGCGGCCCUACCUCUUACGAUGAACGAUCAAGUCCUAUGUUGAGCCAUGGCGGCGAUAAUGUUCGUCAUCAAUUGCGGACAUACGACGUGGAGUCCUAG